CCUGGUAAUCCAGGUUCCCAGUCCCCUACUGAAGCUCACUCCAAUAAGAAUAAUAACAAUAUAUAUGACAAGCUUGGUGCUCUAGAGUCUAGCAAUACUUAUGAGCAGCCUGAUGCUGUUGCACUUCAUUUAGGUUCUAUUGCAUCUCCUGACCCGAUGUAUCAGGAACCAGGGACUCUAAUGCCUCCUUCUACUCCUGGCAGUCGCUCAAGAUCAAAAUCACCAUCUCAUCUGAAUUCAUUGUACUCAGAACCACUUGACUCAGCUCAGGCCACUCCCAUAAGGUCUCGUUGCUCUAUUACUCCUCAGCGGUUUGACUCUCAGCCAGCAAUGGACUCUGGUCUUGUGGAUAUGCCUGGAUAUACUGAAAUACCAGCUAACAAUAGAAAGAGUACUAUUAGUAAAAGAAAAUCGGAAAUUCGUAGCCCAAGCGUUCCAUUACCUCCUACUCCUGUUGAAGAAGAGGCAAAACAUCAGUAUGCUGAUAUGGGAGAAAUAAGAAAAAAUAAAGUUAUAGCUCCACCCAUUGUAAUUAAUGAUGAUGUCAUAUAUGCUGACGUGACUAGUGUAUCAUGAGAUUGAGAGACUCGACUGUCAUCUUUUCCUUCAUUCUUCUCUUUUAUCUUACAAUAACAUACUGUAUAUAGCUUUGUGUUUAAAAUUUUGUGGAUUGAUCAAAAUAAGGUUUCAAGCAUA